AUGACUUCCCCUACCAUCUCCGGCAACUGCCUCUGCGGAAAAAUCCAAUACCAGGUCACCGGCCCUCCGCUCACCAAAGUCCUCUGCCACUGCGACCACUGCCGCCGCGCCACGGGCUCAGUCUUUAUGGCGAAUAAUUUCUACAAACAGUCGCAACUCAAAAUCCACACAGACAACCCCCCGCUACAAACCUACAUCGACACAAAAACCGACUCGGGCCACACCGUGCGCCGCUCGUUCUGCGCGCACUGCGGCUCGCAUUUGUUUAUCACAAACGAUUCAAACCCCAUGCUCGCAGACGGCGUCAUCGUGACCGUGGGGACUAUGAAUCUCGAUCCAGACACGGCGGACUGGGCGCCAGAGUGCGAGUUUUAUUGUAAGAGGCGGGCGGGCUGGAUGCCGGGUUUGGAGGGGACGAGCAAGUAUCAGGCUAUGGACCCGAAACACCUACCUAGUCCAACUAUUUUCCAAACCCAAAUCGCCGCGAAUUUCAUCUCCUUUUUCGCAAAAUCUGCAAUCAACAAGACAAAAAAGCCUACGGGCUGGAUGACUCGGCUAGUAGCCAUGAUAUCUUCCUCCGAUGCAUCGCACAAGGAGCGCGGAUUAUCCGUUCUAUCAGCGUCUCUUGCACUGUACGCGACAAUAUCCGGAAACACAGCCUGCGCAGUCGCAGCGAGAGAGUAUUACGGAGUGUGUCUGCAAAGAAUGCGGACGCGACUAUAUCUGCUCCAGAAAUCGCCAGGGACUGACUGCCGCGAAGAAGAUGUCUGCAUGGCUCUCAUGCUAGCGUACUACGAGAUAAUCUCGAUCACUGCGUCUGAUGCGUAUUUCCAGCAUGUGCGAGGGGCAGAAGCGUUUUUGAGGGCGAUGGGCGCGGAUGUGUGUCGUGAUAGCCAGGUUCAUGACCUGUUUUGCGCGAUUAGACUUCAUAUGCUAUAUGUGUCUACAAUAACAAAGGUGCCCUCAAUAUUGGCAUCGCACGCCUGGACUACUCUCCCGUUUGAAAGUACACCAAAAACCACAUUCGACAACAUCAUCGACGUAGUCAUGCAAUUCUCACAUCUUCCUUCAAAUAAUACCCUCCCCAACCCCACUGACAUACUAUCCACCGCCAUCUCGCGUCUGGAAUCCAUUGGUCAAACCCUCAACUCUGGAGAGAGCACUCUGAUACCAGAUAAUUCCGAAACGGCUGUAACCGUGGCUUUUUACAGUCUAGCUUGGCUGCUCAUAUCCGCCAGGACAAAGAAUGAUACAUCUGUCGACCGCUUUGCACUUCUUCAUUGUAACAACAUCCUCCGCGCCGGCGCAUAUCUGGAUGACUGCAGAGAUGGCUGUGGGUAUAUCAGAAUGAUCCUACCCCUCCGAAUGGUCAUUGAGCUCAGUCCGGAUACGCUGCAGAGAGAGAGUGCGCGGUAUCGGCUAGAGUCGUGGAGAGUGACUCGCGGGUUGAGUGGGCUUUGCGGUGUUGCGUUGGCUUGCAGAAGGUGA